CGCCGAAGGUAUUGUGGUCCAACACAAAGGAACUCGCUCCACUUUCCUAUUUGAGGUGACCUCCUUCUCAGCAUGCGACCGCUUGCCAGACUGCCUUGUUGUCCAACGUGAAGAUCUCGGAUUUCGGGCAGAAUAAAUUUAGCCAUAUAAAGAUAAAUUCUCAAUUGAUAGGGACUAUGAUAUAUUCUGCAUCUGGGUAUAUUACUCAUACUCAAGGCAAGACAUUUGAUUCCUUGCGCCGGAAUAUUAGCUAGAAUCGACAACCCAAUCAAUGAAUGUCCUUAUUGAAUUCUUCUUCUCCAACGUUUCUUGAACUGCAGAGGCUAUAGCCUACUACAGCAACUGGAAUAUUGUAUUUAUUGUGUGUGUAUACUGUAGCCAUUUCCAACGUCAAGAUGCAGUUUCGGACAGUGUUGGAUGUAAAAGUCGUGGACGUGGAGAAGCGGCGCAAUCCGUCCAAACAUUACGUGUAUCUCAUCAAUGUCACAUACUCUGACAACACCUCCCACAUAAUCUACAGGAGAUACAGCAAAUUCUUUGACCUUCAGAUGCAGAUUCUUGACAAGUUCCCAAUCGAGGGAGGGCAGAAAGAUCCCAAAAAGAGAAUCAUCCCAUUUCUCCCAGGUAAAAUCCUGUUCAGGCGGAGUCAUGUGCGUGAUGUGGCCAUGAAGAGGCUACGUUUCAUCGAUGACUACUGCAGGGCUCUGGUCCGUCUCCCUCCUCAGUUGUCUCAGAGUGAGGAGGUGCUGCGCUUCUUUGAGACCAAAGCUGAUGACCUCAACCCCCCAGUAGAGGACUAUGGAUCAUCCAAGCGCAAAUCAGUAUGGAUGUACGGCUUUACCGACAGUCCAAGGAAAGAGGCCUCAGGCAUUGACAGCUCGGACCCUAUGGUGCUGGAGCAGUACGUGGUGGUGGCCAACUACGAGAGGCAGGAGAACUCUGAGAUCAGCCUGCAGGCUGGGGAGACGGUGGACGUGAUCGAGAAGAGCGAGAGUGGUUGGUGGUUUGUCAGUACAGCCGAGGAGCAGGGUUGGGUGCCGGCCACAUACCUGGACUCACAGAACGGCACUAGAGAUGACCUGGAACUUAGCACCGUCAGGACAGGAGAAGUUACUAAGAGACGCAAGGCUCAUCUGAAGAGACUGGACCGCAGAUGGACCUUGGGGGGCAUAGUGAACCGCCAGCAGAGUCGAGAAGAGAAGUACAUGACGGUGCAGCCGUACGCCAGCCAGGGGAAGGACGAGAUCGGCUUUGAGAAAGGGGUCACCGUGGAGGUCAUCCAAAAGAACCUGGAGGGCUGGUGGUACAUCAGGUACCUGGGGAAGGAGGGCUGGGCCCCGGCCUCAUACCUGAAGAAGAUGAAGGAGGACUUCUCAUCCCCGGGCAGGAAGAAGACCCUGACAGGCCCUGUGGAGAUCAUCGGCAACAUCAUGGAGAUCAGCAACCUGCUCCAGAAGAAGUCCAGCAGUGAGAAGGACGUCCAAACGGAUGGAGAAUCCACCAGUCCUGAGCGCCACAUCUCCAAGAGUGAGAUCAGCCUGCCCAUGCCCUAUGCCCCAGGUUACAACCCCAGCCCCGACCACGGCCCCAGCCCUGGCCCAGGUCCGAGUCCCAGUCCUGGGCUGAGUUCUGGAUCUGGGAUGGGUACCUCCAGUCCUAGCCUGGGCCCUGGUGCUAGUGGCCCUCUACAGGACAGUAAGGGGAAGACGGAACCUGGUUCCCCUGCUGUAGCACGUGUCGCUCCACACAGAGUGUCGAUAGGCUCUCCCAACCUCCGACAAAAACCCCCUCCUAGAAGAGAAACGAAUCUGGGCUUCCAGUUACCCAAGCCACCAGAGCCCCCUACUGUGGAAGCGGAGUACUACACCAUCGCAGAGUUCCAGUCCUGCAUCUCUGAUGGCAUCAGUUUCCGUGGAGGACAAAAAGCUGACGUCAUAGAGAAGAACUCCGGGGGCUGGUGGUAUGUCCAGAUUGGGGAGACGGAGGGUUGGGCCCCCUGCUCCUACAUCGACAAACGCAAGAAGCCUAACCUCAGCCGACGAACCAGCACGCUUACCCGCCCCAAAGUCCCGCCCCCAGCUCCACCUACCAAAAAGAAAGACUCAGAAGAGACGCCAUCACCUUCACCCAGUCACUCCAUCUCCUCAUCCUCCAAAGCCCCAGAAUCCCCCAGCCGGCCCACAGUAUACGAGGAACCGGAAUACGACGUUCCCGCUGUUGGAUGCGAGGGCGAGUCGGACACAGAUUCCCUGAAGGGAGAGACAAUACAUCGCCCCCUGGAGGUGAAAAUCAACAGUGUGGUCUGUGAGAAGUACCGUAGUUCUCCUCCGGUCUGCAAGGCCUCCCCUGUUAUUAUCAGCUAUAGAAGAAGGUCCUUCAGGUCCGUUGAAGAGAUGGCCAAGGAAGAAUGUAUCUAUGAGAAUGAUGGCUUCAGGUGCAGUAGUGGUGAUGAAGGGGCUUCAGCCAAAGGCUGCGGCAGUUCCAACUCCCCAAGGAUCUACCACUCCUCGACUGUACCCCGCAAACCCUCAGGGUCUUCACCUCUAGCAGGGGGAAAGCCAUUGAAGAAGAUCGCUCCAGAGCUGAGCCGAAGCCAGUCCCUAGCCAAAGCCGACACCAGCCCCAGGUCGUCAUCAGACGAAUCGGGUAGAGGUUCCAGGAAACCUCCAGGCAUCAGGACGGUGGAGCAAAGGAUAGGCCAGAGCCCCUCCACCAAGCUCAAGCCCUCGGUGAGGCCUAAACCUCUCCUCGCCACCAAGUCAGAGCCACAGUGCCCUGAGAGGAUGGACAUCACUUCCCUGAGACGCCAGUUGAGGCCCACGGGUCAGCUUCGGCAUACCGUCCAUGGGCUCAAAGACACAGAGACGGCCUCCGUCAUCUCGUCGGAGGACUCCUAUUCUUCCCGCAACAGCACCUCAGACCUCUCCUCCAUCUACUCCAAAGGGAGCCGGGGAGAUUCAGAUCUGGAGGGGUUCAACCUAUACCGCACCACAGACGCCUACGACAAGGUCCAGGAGUCAGAGCUGAGCUUUCCAUCUGGGGUGGAGGUGGAAGUCCUGGAGAGGCAGGAGAGCGGCUGGUGGUACAUCCGUUGGCGGGACGAGGAAGGCUGGGCGCCCACUUUCUACUUGGAGCCCAUCCGCCAAGGGAGGGACGGGGGUGGGUCCGAGUCUGACGGGCAGCGCUCUGGGUCGGGCAGUGGCACCGGGAGCAAGUCCAACAGCCUGGAGAAGAAUGAGCAACGCGUGCUGGCGCUCAACGACAUCAACCUCCAGGGACUCACCAACCACCACCAGGUACACCACACGCCAGGGGGUCUGAGAUCGAGGAACACUCCUCCCAUCCCCUCCAAGCCUCCGGGGGGCUUCUCCAAGCCGGCUGUGCUGGUUAACGGAGCCGUGAGAAUGAGGAACGGUGGGGUGAGACCGCAGUCCGCCGUCAGACCCCAGUCCGUGUUUGUGUCUGCGCCACAGCCCGCCAUGGACAGUCAACAUUACAUGACGAGUUCCCUGAGGCGGAACGAGUCAUUGGCCGCCCACAACCAGUAUCGUACCGACCAGUACCGCUCCGGUUCCGCUACGCUCGGCGUGCGCCGUAACUCCUCUUUCAAUGCAGUGCGUGCACAACCCGUCACAGUCGAGACCCGAUCGAGACCCUCAGAGCGCUCUAUCACCACCAGGGGGUCUUCGGCGGACCGAUUUGGUGCCGGUGGCGGGACGGACGCCUUGAGCAGGGUUGGGGUUGUUGUGCAGCGUAAUGGUAUCCCCGUCUCCACAGUCAGGCCCAAGCCUAUCGAGAAGAGCCAGCUGAUCCAUAACAACCUGGGGAGGGAGGUAUAUGUUUCCAUUGCUGACUACCGGGGGGACGAUGAGACCAUGGGCUUCCCUGAGGGCACCUGCCUGGAGGUUCUAGACAGGAACCCCAACGGGUGGUGGUACUGCCAGGUCCAAGAUGCCCUGCACCCCCGCAAGGGCUGGGUCCCCUCCAACUACCUAGAGAGGAAGAAGUAAUGGCCUAAUAAUAAUAACAAUGCCCCCCUUUGAUGAUGUCACUAAGAAUAUUGGUGAUGACAUCACUCCAUAAGAAUGUUACCCCACAAGAGCUACCACAAGCAAUAUGCUCCAAUAUGAUAACAAAUUAUUGAUUCUGAAAUACUUUAUGUAAAAAAAUAUGUUGUUUUAACCUUAUAAUGAGAAAGAGACACUUUUAUUUCUGGGUUACUGAAAUGUACACAUAAAAGACUAAAAGUCCAGAUUUUUGUGUGCGAUAUGGGAUGUAACGAGAGACUGAAAACGGGGUUGGCCACCCCCAGUGUUAGAAACACAAAGAUGUUUUUGGAACUUUGGAACGAUGCGAUUUGACACGACACCUUCUAGAAGGGGUUUACAUUAGAAAGAUAAGAUAGCUGGGCAAUGAUGGCAAGCCUUAUACCUGCCCUUGUGACUAUAAUGCCAAAUAGGUGCCUUUCGUAGAUGAUCAACUGAAUGGGGGUUCGAAGAAGUGGACGGAACACAUCGGUGAAUCAACGUCAUUACCAAAUGUAUUACAGUGCCAUAGGCCAAUGAGCAUGAAUACCACCAAAAUUAUUUUUGUAACGUUCAAGAGAAUCACUUGAGUAGGAGUGUUUAGGAGCGUUACCGAGCAAAUAGGAUCAAUCUAGAGUGUUGUAGUAGAAUGUUCAGAAUCAAGUUAGAAAAAAACAAGAGAACGGGAGAGAUAUCAGCGACUCUCAGUGAGUCACAAUUGACUCACUUAAAAUGACUAAUCCUUUGAUUAUCUUUUUUAGACAUUAUUGUAUGUUUUGUUCUUUAAUGUCUCUGUGUGUCUUUUUGUCUGUCCUUAGAGAUGUAUUUCUGCUUUCUUGUGUAACACUCCACCGACAGCCCAGAAUUGGAAAGAGUCAAAGUUUCCUCUCGGAUAUUCGGAUCUCUGAAGUUUCACUGAUGGAAUAUCUAUGCUGAGGUACACGUAAUUAGACGAACUUUGUAGUUUCACCCCGUUUUUGGAGUCCCACUUCUUAUUCUAUAUUUUCAACCAAGCUUACAAAAUCUUGCACGCAAAUAAAGCCAAAACCUGUCAAGCUUGAAAUCUAAUUAAAGUAUACUUAUUGGGGAAUAAAUUCCAAUUUAAGGUGCUUUUCAGUAAAAAACAAAGACCUACCACCAAGAUAUUACUUUACACAAUAAGUUUACACAAUAAGUUGUCUGUAUUAGUCCCAGACAAAUAUCUUUUUAUAUAUGCUUUACUGUAUACAGUAUAGCAACCGCAGUUGCAGUUGCACAGAAAAUAAGUACUGGAAAUAUGGCUUAAUAAUGGUUUUUAAAUCCCAGGGAUAUAUUUCCAUAACCUCGAGCCCACAAUGUGAUCAAACCAAAGAGGAAUAUCAUUUUAUUGGCUAUUUUGUAGAUUUACUAUUUAUUUAUGGGCACAAAUAGCCUGAUACAAUGUAUUCAAAAAAAUACCUAAAACGAAGUUUAAAAACUGAAGAAUAAAAAAAAAAUGUUUUGAUAACAUCUGGACAUCUAGAUUUUCUGAACCCAAAUCAAAGCAUGUUGAAACAUGCGAAUAUUGCUGUGCAGUAUUGGUUUAUGUGGUGUACAAUAGAGUUUAUGUUUACUUCCUUGCUUUAAAAGUAGCUUGGUAUCUACUGGAUUUAGAAUAGUACUGCAGGACUAUUUUGAGUUGUUACUAUUUACUUAUACGUUUUCCCCAAACACAAUACUGAUAUUACUUCAAAACGAUCCCCAAUUGAAAAUCCAAAUGAAGUACUAUUUCAACUGGCUGGUGUUCAAGACUGCUGAAAUAUUUUUCUAACAGUGUGUGAGCUUCUCAAUUGAGGUUAAACACUAACUUUUCAUGACAUUUUCUGCUGGACAGUAUUAUAGUGUUAAACAAAGUAUUGUACCUGCUAGAUCGCAGUUAUAUCUGUUUUAGCCAACCAUAGUUGUUUUUUGUUAUUACAGUGUGAUCACACAUAGACAAUAAUGAUGAUCGAAGUUCCGUUUUUUGUGAAUUAAUGCACUUUAACACUUGUUUACAGUGCAUUAAUGUAAGGAUGCAGUUGAAAUACUCAGCAUAUUAUUUAUUGAUUUUUUAAAAACUAUUUAAUAUGAGUAUUUUUUUUACCUCAAGUUUUUCAACUCCUGUCUUUUCACAGGAGUUGAAAAAUAUCUAAGUCAUUGGAGGAUGCCAAAGCUCCUCACAAUAUAAUAAUUGGAUACUGUACAUGGUACUCUCUUGUGGGAGACGAAUGCUACUGCAACAUACUUUUUUUCAUGUUGCCCAACAAACCGGCAGUUACAAUGCAAUACCAAAUGCACUGCUGGUCAGUGAAACUACCAACUACACAAUGCCUGUACAUAAUUGAAUGUUUUCAAAUAUUAAUGCAGCUAAGAGUUAGUCGUUUUUUUGUUGUUGUAGUUUAUACUUUUUUUUUGUUCACUUUAUUGUAUUUGGCUAUCUUUUUUUUCAACCUUCUAAAUGACGUUUUUUACCCCAUGCUGUGUGCUGCAACUAGCAGAAUCAUGGACACUUCCUUUCUCCUUAUUGGUCUGUACGUAAUGCCUGAUUCAAAUCGUAUUUAUUUUUGAACUAAUGUUUUUACCUCCCAUUUGUGGUUUGACAAUCAAAUAUUUAUCCACUGCCUCACUAGACUGGACUAGACCUGUCAACCUAGUACAAAAGUCAAUAUUGUGUGAUAUACUGUAUCAUUUUUUGACAUUUCUACAGUCUAUUUGGUAUGAAUCUCAAGCCGUUGCAUACAGAUCUAUAGAAGCUGAAGUUAGUUCUGCUUCACAAAUGGAGGGUAAAAUGUUCUUUAUCUCACCCAUCAUAUCCUAUCUAAAGCAAUGGAAAUCAAUAAUUAGGUCUAUGUAUAGUACAACUACAGUUGAUACAGAACCCCUUGAACCCCUAACCCAUCUCCCUCCCUCCCUUCGACAAAGGCAUUAUGUAAACGUGUUGAAUCACCCAUAACAUUUCGCUUCAGCACAUAUUAAUGCAUAUCGCUAUUGUUUAAUUGAGCUCAAUUUACAUGGCUUCUCUGCCUGCACCUGCAAAUUACAAGGGAAUUGUAAUGUGUCAAGCUCGUCUUUUUCAUAUUCAGUAUUCAGUAUGUAUAUUUUUUUUAAUAAUUUGUUCAAUGUUUUGGUCAAAAUGAUAAUUUUUUGUCUUCUUUGAUUUUCGUUUUUACCCCAUUGUAUUUGAACAUCUUUCAGAAAUGUAAUAAUGAGGAAAUGUGCAAUAGAAAUAGGCAUCUUUAAAAAGCAUAGCUAUAGAAAAACAUGAUCAACAUUACCUCUCUUGUCUAAGGAGAUAUGAUCCAAAAAUAUAUUGUAUAUCCCUUAAUCCAUUCAAGCCAUCAUCGGUCAUGUAAACACCUUUAGGUCAUGACUCAUUUCAGGUCCACUGCUUUUUUAAUAUAGCCUUUUUCAAAAGAGCAACAGUUGCUAAUGGCACUGAACCAUCCCAUUGGAGAUGCUUACUUCCAUUGAGCUACAGCACAAAAUGUUGUGACAUGAUGGACAGGAUUUUUAACCAAUGACCACGUAAGAAUCCCUUCUGGUCCUUCCUCCUGGCUAGCGUGCAUGGCUAGUGGACUGUGAAUGGCACUGGCAGAACCCAAUGACCCGGGUUCCAACCUCGUUAACAUCUAGCUGUUCUCUAUCACAGAUCCACAGAGGUAAGAGUUGUGUCAGCAUCGAGGGCCUCUAGGUACUCACCAGACUGCCUUCGAGCUGUCACGUUUGUGCCUGAACAAAAUGUUUUUGUUCUUGGAGUGUCUCUCUCCUCCACCUACAGUACGCAGAUGCCUCCAUGCCAUUUGAACACAAGCCAUGCCGGCCUCUUCAACCCCGUUGCCAUGGCAAAAGUGACAUUUGGAACCAUCGCAGAUGUCAACCGCGUAAUGUAAACUGGGAGACUUAUUAAGCGGUAGUCUUGUCGGGAAUGUGUACUACAGGGUCAUCGUAGUUUAAUCCAUCCACUUCCAAACCUAUACCUACCACCAAAUAUAAGAAAACACUUUUUUCUGUAUCUCCAUGUCCUCGAUUAAGCCCCAUGGGAAUUCAUUUCAGACUUGACCAUGUUCAGAAUGUUUAGAAUCUUCUGAGGAGAAAGAGAGAAAAUACUACAUGGGUUUGGUUCUUUGUCCACAGAUUACAACAGUGAUGUUCUUGAGGUCCACUAAAGCUGGUUCGUUUAAAAGUUUCCUCUGCAGAUGAUUUUUUUUAAUCACUUACCCCACAUAACAGUUAAGGUGCUUCCCGGCUUUGGAAGGUCUCAGUUCAUUUCCUUUCCCCUCCAGUAGGUUUGAUAGGGAAGAAACACACACACACCCUUCCGUUUUAACUUUGGUGGAGGGUGCCACAGAUUUGUGGUAAAGUAGCACCCAUGCAGGGGCCACACACACACACACACAAAUACGAGGGAAGCCAUUCAUGAUUAGAUUAGAGCCUCUACUAUAUUUGUGAAUUCAGCCAAGUGAGACCGUCCCUACUGACGGCACACUGCCUCGACUCUCUGCCCCCGCCUCCUUUCUCUCUUUUUAUUUUAACAAAUUGGUGGGCCUUCUCGAGCGUGAUGUUCCCUUAAGCCUAGUAAUCCUAGAUAGCACCAGCCGGAAUGGCUUUUUUUCUCCCGGCUCUUUUUUUCUACUUUUCCUUUACUAGUGCCUCCUUGCUCACUCUUUGGCCUUUUCCACCAUACUUCUGCCAUGUUCUUUUUCUUUCUUUUGCCUCAACCAAAGCUAGUAGUUCCCAGUGCCCGAAAGCUAGUCACUUGAAGAAGGAAGAAAGAAGAGAUUGGAUAUGUUGAGUGUAUCUAGUGUAUGAGGUUUGGGUCGUAGAAGCAUGUGAUGUGAGAUUUUGUGUGUUGGUGUGUUUGAGGGAGGACGUGUGCACUGUGAUGAGAUGGAUUGCGUGCAGGUGAGGUCAGGAGAAAGAUAGGAGGAGGUCAGAGAUGAGGUUGGUUGCGUGUGGGAUGCGUCGGGAAACCUGAGAUGGAUCAGAUUGUGGAUUGUAGAUGACAUGGCAAGAACGAGAGAACGAGACAGAGAUAGUGAACAAGAGAGAGUGAGAAUGAGAGAGAGAGAGAAAGAGGAGCUGGAUACAGUUGUGGAGAUUGUGCUCCUCUGUUCAUGCUGACUAGACUUCCGUUAAAACCAGCAGCAACAGCUUCCAUCAGAGACAAUGAAUAACACUGCAUCAUACUUCCUCCUCUACUCCCAUCUCCCACAGCUUGGGCUAAUGAACAAUCCAUGUACGAUGCGUGACGGUGAAAUCUCAUUAUCAAAACAUCAUUUUAAUUGCGGUAGUUAAAGUUUUGAAGCCCAGUAAGUCUCGCGCCGGUGGCGCCCUGAUAGCGGGGCAACACAGCCACGAGGGGCUAAUCUAAAACGAAUGAGAUUGCGGCUGUCGAAGAUGGAUAGAUGCUCUCACUCUUUGUCUCUCUCGUUCUGUCUCUCUCCAGCUUUUUAGCGGGUGGCAUAUUGAUCAUGUGUCUGAUUUAUUCUGCUUUAUAUAAUUUUCUGUGGUGAAGCUUCAACUUCUCUCUGAUGGCUUAUUCUGCCUGGUGUGAAGGCAGAGGCUGGAGAGCCAGGUAAAUGACAGAAAGGGUAGGUUAGGGGGGUAGGAGAUGUGAUGUUUUGAGAAAGUUAGUAGUAAGUGUUUGUGAAAAGGGGUGUGAGGUGUUUAACCUAAGGGUUGUUUUUAGUAGGUAUUUUGAACAUAACUUUUUUUAGAGUGAAUUUUUUAUGUUGUUUGCUCAUGAAGGAAGUGAAUGAAUGAAAGAAAAGAAGAAGAAAAGGACAGGGAUGAAAGCUUGCUCAGUGCUAGAACUGAUGGUAACGCUUCAGACAGGUGGAAUGGGACUGCCGACUAUGCCAAGUGUUACUUAACACAAUUACUUAUCACAACAGGUGGCGUUGGGGCAUUGUUUAGAAUGCUAAUGUGUUGCAUGGCUGAGGAAUAGAGCAUGCUGGUUCUUUUUUGUGUUUCCUGCUGUGCUGAGACUCUCACUGUUUGACUUCCUGUUCUAAUUACUACUUUAUACUCUCUUUAAUUUACCUUCAGACAGAUACAUCAUGUCACAUCGCACUAAGCAAUAACUGCUCACACUGCUUAAAACGACCUUCCUUUUUUUGUAUGGGUACCAAUUUGGACCAUAUUUAUUGCCACAUCCAUAUUUUCUGGAGGGUGGAUUUGUCAGAUAAAGAUGUGUGUCAUUUGAGGGGUCACCGAAUACAUUUUAGUUGGCGUAGUCAAAGGUCUUGUUAUUACCUAAGAUAAGGCCUUCAUGAGCAUUCAUUGACGCCAGUUAUAGUCUAAUUCCUACUUACAGUAGAAAGUAGUGUGGCAUAUCUUCAACACUGUCACAAAAACCUAAUUUGUAGACAAGGCCUCAAACCAAAGUUAUACUCUCUAAACCUAUGCUCUGUAAACCGUCUAGGUCCUUAUACCCAAACUUGAAACAAUAAUGACCCAUUACCAGCAUGUCAACUCUGUUACAUCAUACCACCAAUGCUUCGAGUUGGACCAAAGGAGUUGCUAUGGUAUUUGUUUUUCUCUCUUUUUUUAUUUGCAUUAUUCUUAUGCAACAUUUGUGUUCAACUCUAUAGAGACAACUCUAGGGACUAGUCCUGUUUUCAAAAGAAAGGUGUCAUGGGAGGUUGGAGUUCAAGAGAAACUGAUUCCUUUUGUAAAUGUCACUGACGCGAGUCAUUCGGUGUGACAAAAUGUAAUGUUGUGUGACAAGGCGAUAAAGCAGCAGGACAUGUCAUGAUAUUACAAUUUUGCAUCAGUGAGUAAGUCAAUAAGUGUAUGUGAAAGUACAGCGAAUGUACAAAUAAUCAAAUCAGUCUACUCUUCAACGGAAAACAUAACAAUUGGUGUGUGUGCUCGCGGUCGUUUUUGAAAACAGGGCUGUCCCUUUUUACCAUUUUUCAUUUUGGAAACCUUUUUUGAUGUUGUAUCUUGUUCAUGUUUACAUUGUAUCUUGCAUUGCCCUAAAGAGAAACACUAUUAAAUGUAUUAUCUUUGUUUAAUUCA